CGCGUCACCUUCUUCCUACCUACAUCGUGUCAAAGGUCGAAUAAGAAAAGGUGCAGAUGCAGCAUCGUCUGUAGGAUCCAACCGAAUGCUUCACUAGCGCGCUAUUGGCAAAGAACCAACCAGGAGCAUCCAUCACGGUCGCUUUUCAUUCGCGAACCUAAUCCUUCUUCGACGGCUUCUCAACUCUCAGAAUCAUCAUAUCUCCCCAGAUGUCGGCGGCGAUUACAUAUCACGGAGUACCCGGUGCUCAGGGUACACUUUUCAGGGAAACCAGCUUCUUUGUCACGCAGCGCGUUCCCGACAGGAAAAACAUCCUGGAUCUGAUUACGCAAAAUGGCGGUAAGAUUGUCAAGUUGGACAAGCAGGCGGACAUGGUCAUCGCCGAUCACGUCAGGCCAGAUUGCCCCUUGGGGUCACUUCAUUGGAAGUUUAUCAAGGAUUCGGUCGACAACGGUGCCUUGCAGGAGACAGACAAGUAUCUUAUUCACCCGUCUCCCGUAGCGUCGCGUGCGGUCGGACAUUCUCGCUCUGCCAUAUUGUCGGCGCCAAUCAAAGGAACCCGCACUCCGUUCAACACAGCCGACGAUGCGAGUCUGACCAAAUGGGUCCUCUCGCACCCGCCUAACAAGAGGAGCGGCAACGAAAUCUACAAGGCAUUUGAGGGGGUCAACAAUCGUCAUACUUCGCAGUCUUGGAGAGAUCGCUGGGUGAAGAAGGUCUCCAAGUUGUCUCAGGCCGCCCUAGAGAGCUUAGCUGCUUCCGCUCCCGAGGCUCAGCCCCCGGUGCCAUCACCAACACCGUCCUCCACUAGACGUGCCGGACUUGCUCAAGCGGGAAGGAGACGGUCGCCUUCUCGAAUUACAUCACCUGCUGCUCGAUCAUCUGCGCCAGAGACUCAUCGGGUCAGAGACUUCCAAGAGGCAGACGUCAAAGCAGAACUCACCCCCACAAAGAAAUUCACAUUCACCAAGACGGAAAACGAUCUGCUUCUCCAGGAGGCCAGAGAGCAUGGCCCCCCAUUCACCACUCGCUUUUUCCAGGAGUUCGCAGAAAGACACCCUGUUCAUUCCUGGGCUGUUUGGAAAAGGCACUGGACAGAUGUCUUGAAAUCGCGGUUGGAUGAGGACAUUGAGGAUGAACCCCCUUUGCCGAAGGAGCCACGGGCGAACAACAUAUCCAGUCCAGACACAGGCCGCAGCAACGAACCAAGUCGACACAAGGAAAUGACCAGGCAGCCUGGUAGAAUCUCCGAUAUCCAGAAUUUGGGGCCUGUUGCGCCACCAGUUGAAGCUGUAGUGAAAGAGGAUGACGGCAAGAAAACGUCGGAGCCCCAACGCGAUGGCGAAGUGUCUCAAGGUGUUUCGAGGGAAGAUUUCUUCGAUCAUCUGAAGGCGUUCCGAGAGUACGGAGGAUUAGAUGCUGGUAUCAACCCCGAAGUCAAUGGGCAGCCCAUUGACAUAUGGCUCCUUUGGCAAGCGGUGAGGGGCCAAUACCAGCAAGGGGGGGUCGAAAUUGACUGGGAAGCGGCCGCUACCGCUUUGGGCUUGCAGAGUGAAGCUUCUCAGCCACUAAAGCAAUGCUACACGGAGUACGUCGCCGAUUUUGCUGCCAGCGGGAUGCUGGACGAAUCCGAUGCAGAGUCCGAGGACGAUGAGUCUGAGGUAGAAUUGCCGCCUCAAGAUCCUCGAUCAGAUGUUCUUAUCGCGACCUCCCAGAAGAGGCCAGCCCUCGCUGUGGAGACUUCCGUUACACCUUCGACCCCAAGUAACAGAAAGAAGCGACAGCGUCUCGGCGCAAACGAUGAAAUUCCCUCAACCCCCGAUGAGAGAUUAGGGAUUGCCAGUUUCGGAAAUCUUGGCCCUAGCCCUUCGCUCAGCGCUGGGCGGGUUUUUAGGAGGAACUAUAACGAGGAAGACAUGGAAAUAGAUGGGAACCUUGAGCAACCCCUCAUCGGAAGGGGCCCUCGCUUCGAACCAGAGACGCAAGACUUCGCCUUCGCCUUCGAAGCUUCUCCUCAACAGGACUCUCAAGUCAGUGGCGAGUUUGAUAUCUCGCCGUCGCAGCAACUACUUAGUGAGGUCGACGCUGUAACUCCCGUGCCUCUGUCUUUCAGGGACAAAGGCAAGAGCAGCGAGAGGGUCCCAGUCUCAAACCCCGUCCUAGUCCGGAAUCUUCAAGCUUUAGCAGUCGAAGAAGCCGUUGAAGAAGCCGUCAGAGAACAGACAGAACGAGCCAUCCCCGACUCUCAAGAAUCAGCUGAUAAGACCGCCGAGCUCGAGGACUUAAUCGAUCGCUUCGACAGCUUUGGCUACUCGCGCGAGGAUAUUGUUACUGUGCUCAACGCCACAUCACUCUGCACACCGCUGGCCACAGAUGUGCUGAAAUUCCUCAAACAGCACAAAGAGUUGCCCCACAACUGGCAAGGCGUCUGGACAGAGAACGACGACAAGCGACUCCGACGGGUUGAUGACGCGGACCAGGGAGCCGGGCCUGAUAGAGCUAGGCUGCAAAAGUACUGGGACUAUCUGGUGAAGAAACACAUGCCAGAGCGGAUCGAGCGAAGAAGGGAGUUUUUAGCAUAUCUGGAUGAGAUCGCUGAGAGCUCUCAGUGAUCUGGCAGAAUAGUAUGCCGUCACUUGACAAGACCGUUCUCUUAGGCCAUGAAGGGGCUCCCUUGCGAGUCAUGGGUUUGAUAUCCAUUCGAGUGUUUGCAACUUAGCGCUACUUACCUUGAACAGUUAAUCUUCAACAUAAAUCUUUACCGUUAUCCUGUUGUCCAUCAGCCCGUCUAACACCUUUUUCCCAUUCCGAAUCAGAUGGGUUAAGUGACCGGGUGGUGCACAGAAGUAUCGCGAAAAUCUUCUCAUCACUGAAACGCAACUGGCAACCUGCUGUUCGACUCUUCUUUUCCCCUCUCCUUACUUUCCUUUUCGUGUUGUCGUAUUGCGAUGGCCCCUCCCACCACUCACUCGUUCACAAUCGAAUAGCCAUAAUGCCACCCUUCCUUCCUCAUAUCCUCCCUCACCUUGUAUACCCCCUCAGCAACAUCCAACAAACCAAGAUCGACCUCGACGACCUCCAUCGCCUCCUCGGCAGCCAACUUUCCAAGCGACCCAACGAGAGGCAUCGCGACCUGACUGACGCCGCAAUACCUUACCCUCGUCCCGCCUUCCCUGACUUCCACUCCGCCCCCGCCCGCAGGCCCGCCCGCGUUGACGAGCACCACGGCCGCCGUGUUCUCAAACGCCCUCGCUACCAUCACGUUCUCCAGAAACACUCUCUCCGAGUCCCGGUUCACCACCUGCACGCCCUCGUCCCCGCCCUCGUGCUUAUACUCGUCCGCGAGCCAGAAGGCGGGACACACGAUGACCCGUGCCCCGUCGCGGAUGAGCUCCCGGAAGGCCUCGGGGAACGCCAGGUCCCAGCAGAUCAGCAUCCCCACUCUUCCCAGCGGCGUGUCAAAUGCGCCGUGCGGUGCCGGGCCCUUGGUGAGGUGCGGCCGUUCGUUGUGCCACAGGUUCUUCUUCUUGUACUGCCCCAGCACGGCGCCGUCCGGGCCGAUGAAGUAAGCGACGUUGAGGAGGUCGAAGUCUUCAUCGCCCUCCUCGCCGUCGAGUUCAACAAUGGUGCCCGGCACGAUCGAGAUGCCAACAUCCCUGGCCAGCGUCCGGUACUUCUCCAGGUAGAUCCUUGAUUGUGCGCAGCUCGACACAAACGCGGGGUGGUCGGGGACCCAUGAUGUGAGAUGGUACUCGGGAAGGACAGCGAGCGAACAGCCGCGGGACGCGGCGGAGCGGAUGUACGAUUCUGCUUUGGCAAAGUUCACCUCUGGCGCGACGACCUUGGGGUGCAUUUGUAUGAGCGCGAUCUUGACCUUGUUCGACAUCGCCGCUAUUUUUCGUCUCGUCUUGAUGUUAAUCCCGCAGUUUGGAGACGGCUGCGUGUUUGGAGACAACGGCAAACUUUGGCUAGAAGUCGGGGUUAGGCUAUGAGGGGAGGCAAUGACAGCGGUCUGUAUUCAUGUACUUCCCCGCAGCCUACCUUGCACUGGUAUUACUGGCAUGAACGAAGAUAAGCAAGAGGCGGGGGACAGAUCAGUGGGAGCGACCAACUCCAGUUAUUGAACGAUGUACUCGAGUGGGCGAU